CUGGUAUGUGAAAUCUUGUCCAUUUUGUGGCACAGACCAGAGCUGUUUCUGAAGGGGGAGAGGGAACAGCAAGAUUAAAUGACAAAGGAUAUAAAGCUCUAAAGAGCAGCAGUUGUUAAACAAAGCUUACUGUAUACAGUAGAAAGUUACUAAGAAAAGCAUGCAGCAGAAGGAGCUGCCAUUUCUGUGUGUAUGCCAGCUGUGUUCACACACACACACUCCAACCUGCCCUUGUAGCUUUAUUUAGGAACAACUUUGCUACAUUUUCUCCAAUUAUUGUAAAACAAAUACUUAUACCUGGAAAACCACUUUCAUAUCUCCUUUUUUCACCAAAGGGUGGAAAAAAAGGUUUCUAUGGUAACAGAACUAAACCUACAAAACCAGAACAGCCAAAUUUGUAAAACUUGAGCCAAUAGAAGACAUGUAUUAAAAGCACAAGCCCACAAGGAACUAAAUAUAGGCUUGCUGUUCCCGUGUGUGUGUCAUUGCUCCCCUCCUGCAGAAGGUGGGGACACUGCCAGCUUUGUUUGUAGAAUGACAGCUCAGCCUCAAGUAACUGUGGGCAGGAAACUGCCCCUACCUCUGAGGCUUGUAAACUGAACUGCCUUACUGUGUGUGUGCUUCAAGGCACCCAGAGAAUAUUUCAGCUCCUUCUAAAGAACUGCUUCUGAGAGUUCUGUUACCCAUGUAACAGUCCUUGACCAUGAACCAAAGAUGAAACCUCAGAAAAAUCAGUGAACAAGACCAGAAAUGGUGUACACUGCAAAACCAAAGUGUGGCUCAGAAAGCCAGAUGUCCUGAAUGGGAAACAUUGACAAAGAUAUGCCUGACAGCUGUAGCUACAGCCCCACCCCACUCCAGUAAUUCAGCACAAGAACUUUGCUAAACUUCAGCAGAGUCUGUAAGGGAAAGAAAAAAAAAAAUCCCUUUUAAGGAAGCAUUUCAUGACAGUCAAGUUGUACAUGCCCAUUCCAUUCCCUUGGACAAAGGAAGCACAAGCUGCAUGCAAGGUUCUUUUCCUUUCCCUGUUCUGAGCUUCUGCACCAUUUGUUAGCCAAAAAUAAACCCCAUUCCACAACCAUAUAUGUGCAACAGCCUCCUGGUGAGUGUGAGCCCCCUCCAGCACUGCUAUUACUCCACGAGGCCAAGAGACUGCCACUGCUGCUGGGCAAUGCAUAUAACCCAGCUCAACCGGGAAUGCCUUCUACAUCUCUUCUCUUUCCUGGACAAAAACAGCAGGAAAAAUCUAGCAAAAACAUGUCACAAGUUGCUAGAAGUGUUCCAGGAUCCUUUACUGUGGUCUUUGUUGAAGUUUCAUUCUCCAGUGGAACUAAAGAAGGAUAAUUUUCUCCUGGGACCUGCUUUAAAACACUUAUCCAUCUGCUGGUAUUCAGAGAGAGUCAAGUUGUGUAACAUUGAGGAUUGGAUGAAAAACAGUUUCCAGAAAGACUUCUGUAAGAGGCAUGAGAACACUGUCAAUGAUUUUUUACUAGACGUUUGCAACAGAUGUCCAAAUCUGCUGUCUCUGACCCUCUCUGGAUGUGGCCAUGUUACAGACGACUGCAUUUUGCAGCUUCUCAAGAACUGCCCAAAGCUGAGGAGCCUCAAGCUGGAGAACUGUGUGCAGAUCAGUGACCACACGCUGGAGGCAGUGACCCUGCACGGGGCAUCGCUGCAAACGCUCCAUGUGGAUUUCUGCCGCAAUGUCACACGGGCUGGGCUGGACAGAGUCAGGGCAAAGUGUCCUUCAGUGAUGCUGAGGGCAGACAGAAGUGGUGACAUGAUCCCAGACAGUAAGCCAGAAAAAAAGCUGAUGCUUGAAAAAGCAUCAAGAAAAUUGGUUCAGCUUUAAAUGCAGCAAAAUAAUCAGUGUGGGUAUUUUGCAUCACUGAGGUUGCAAUGAACUGUGGCUACUUCCAAGGGUUCUGGUCAAGGCCAAACAAAUGGUUGUUUUGUAAAGGGUGUACUGGGAAAAGGCGUGCAUCUCCUCCUGGAUGUGUUUCAGGAAAAAACAUUUGCUCUCUGUUGUUCCUUGAAACUGGAAAACCCUGCACUGCUGUCACAAAAUGCCAGACCUGCUGAAAACUGCAAUUCUGGCACUCUCCUGCUGCAGAUGCACCUCACUUAGAAGAGGGAAGCAGUGGUGUGUUUAAUGAGGCCAAAUAACUUGAUGGAGUUCAAGAAAUUUUAUGGAUUUUUAGGGAAGUUUAACAGUAGUUUGACACAGUGCAGUAAGUCUGAUGGCAAGGUGCACUGACUGCAUGGAAGAAACACAGAGUGAACUGAGGCAGAAUGAGUCACACAGGGACCUGAGAACACAAACAUUAAGGAAGAGCUUCCCACUGGGUCACAAGGUUCAGACUGGACCCUCACUUUCAAAACUCCUCAUGUAAUGGGCAUAAAGCCACAGCAGAGUCACUGUAGCCACUGUAGGAUUGUCACCAAUUUCAGGGCAAGAGUGAUUAACAAACUUCUGUUAAAGGAGUUAUCCCGACAGUCAUUCCAUCCAAAAAGGAGAAUAACCACUCCCUGAAAGUCUUUCUAAAAAAAGCAGAGUACGGACCACCAGCACUUCCUCAGUGAUUGACAGUGGCAGCUAAUUUACCAGACUUUUUUAUUUAAUGAGGGAAGCACAAAUUCAAGGCACACAAAACACAGUUAGACCCUCUGCAUGAUGUACUUACAUAAUGUGAGAUGCACCAAGUGAUUUUAUAAAGCUGACAUUAAAGGAAGUGCAAUACGAACAAGUGCUAGUUCAGAGAACUAACCCACAAGACUGUGACGAACAGCCUGUAGCUUUACAUGCUAAAUUAGGAAUACACUACAGACCAGCUCUAUAUAAACACCCAUUUCUCACUGCAAAGUACAAAACCAGCAGCUAUUUUCAUCUCAAAGCACAAGACUGUCCCUUUUCUGCACACUGUUCUGCUACCUGGAAGUGAAACGUUUUCUAACAUGCUUUUGAUACUAUGCCACCAACUACAAAAUUUGACACCAAAGAGGACUUUACAGCUCUCAACAUAACUGAAUAUGCUUACUUCUCCUUCUGAUCCUGGUUAACUGAUCCAGAUAUCUUGGGUAUUCUCUAAAUUGGCUCAGCUAAGAAAUAAAUCACAGCAUUACAGCAACUUAGUCAAUCAAUGCUGCAAUUCUAGAGAAACAUUUGACCAGUACAAGCAUCUGUAAGAAAAACUCACCCAGAAAACCCAUGAGGAAAAUAAAUUAUUGCAUCUUCAUUACUUAGGGAUAUUUAACAGCAUGACACUGUAAAACUGGUAUUUCAUUAACUCAUUCCUAAUGUUCAAGUAGGGCCCUUGGGCACCUCAAGAUAAGGAAGAAAACUGGAAGUACAUACAGGACAAACAGCAAUCCUCAGGCAGCACUGACAGCUGCAAAAGGACAUUGGUGAGCUGAAACAGAUUUACUGUGCUGUGGAAAUUGGGAAGUUGACACAACUCAUACCUUGGAUACACAACAGCAGUUCUGAAACACUAAUCUUAGAGAAAUUAGGAUUUUAGUUUAAAAAGUUAAAAGUUAAAAGAAACUGGGCUUGAGA